AAAGCACAUUAGUGGGAAGCAGAGAAUCUACUGGGAUUUACAGCCCAGCGCACAGAUCACGAAACCCAGGCAGAAACACCGUCGAACAAUCAAGUGGUUCUGGAGUUUGCGCUGCUCCUAACUGGAUAAUAAAGAUGACCCUUCACGUAACCAUGAGACACAGCAGUGGCUGUCUGCAGCCCCAGCAGCACCGCUGGAGUAUCUCCACCGACGGCAAGCAUCUCCUCAGCAAGAGCUCGGCGCUUCAAUCCGGCGUCUGCCGCUCCAAGUCCUACACCAGCGCCGGCGAGUCGUGCAGGGGCAGCUGGUCGUCGGACUCCUCGGACUCGGUCAUCUCCACCGACUCCUGCGCCAGCCUGUUCAGAGUGGUGCUCAUCGGCGAGGACGGAGUCGGGAAGUCGGCGCUCGCCGGCAUUUUCACGGGCGCCCAGGACAGCAUGGACAGCGACUGCGACCUGAGCGGAGAAGACACAUAUGAACAAACGCUGACAGUGGACGGCGAAUGUGCGACAAUCAUUUUAUUGGACACCUGGGACACUCAGGACAGGGGCAGCUGGAGUCAGGAACAGUGCAUGCAGGUGGGAGACGCGUACCUCAUCGUGUACUCAAUUACCGACCGCUCCAGCUUCGAGAGAGCUUCUGAGCUGCGAAUCCAGCUGCGCAGAGCGAGGCAGAUGGAAGACAUCCCCAUCAUUUUAGUGGGCAACAAGAGCGACCUUGUGCGGUGCAGAGAGGUCUCAGUGGCAGAGGGCAGAGCCUGCGCAGUAGUAUUCGACUGUAAGUUCAUCGAGACUUCGGCGGCAGUGCAGCACAAUGUCCGAGAGAUGUUCGAAGGGAUCGUGCGACAGGUUCGGCUUAGGAGGGACAGUAAGGAGGCCAACGAGAGGCGGAUGGCUCGCAAUAAGAGGAGGGAGAGUCUUCCCAGGAAAGCCAAGAGAUUCCUGGACAGAAUGGUGGCUAAGAACAAUAAGAACAUGGCUUACAGGCUGAAAUCCAAGUCUUGCCACGAUCUUUCAGUGUUAUAAACCCACUGGCGGGCUUUCCAUCUCAAGGACUUUAUAAGUCACAAGUCAAUCUACAUUAGAUUGCGUUACAAAACUCCAGAACAGAGGGUGUGACAGAUCAGCUCUGAUCUACCGCUCCUGUUCCUCUGUCUGUAACAGAUGGAAGAAUUGCUUGGAGAUAUUUGUUCACGUACAAGAGGGUAUUGAGUAACAGGUAAUAGAGAGACUGACUCUAGAGGGCUGCAGAGAGUCCUCCUGGUCUGUUUUCUUUAUUAAAAUUAAAAUGAAAAUAACUACAGCAUUAGAGUAAUUAAAAAGUAUAUGGGAUACAAAAAUAAAACAGGAAAAAACAGGUGUGUGCAAAAUAUGCUAAUAGUCACUGUAAACCUAUGUGCAAUAUGGACAUCUUUUAUUGUAUUACAGUGACUAUUAGCAUAUUUUGCACACACCAAUUUUUUUUCCUGACUCUAUUUUAUUUUUGUAUUCUAUAUACAUUUUAA